AUGGAGUCGUACAGAGUUACUGGCAUUCCUAACAGUGGAUCACAGCGGGGCUACACUCAGCCAUCCCGUUCUUCCAGGUCUAACAGUAAUGGUGCUGGUUCUUAUGGUCUUAGCAUUCGUGUCCAGGGCAUAGAUGGGCACCCCUACGUAGUGCUUAACAACCAGGACAGUGGUCCUCAGUCCUAUACUGACCCUAACAGCAACGGGUAUAUUGAUACAGAUGGCUCAUUUAUUGAGAACUACCAUGAGUAUGAUUUUAGAGGAGGCAAAGAGGCUGGCUCCAACAGCCCCUUCAUGGAGUACAGAUCUCAGAAGAUGAUGCAUUAUUCUGGUUCUCACAAUGGUGUCACAGAUUCACAAGGAAAGAAGGCAUCGAGCCUUCUGAACUUUCAGAAGCACCCUGAGAUACUGCAGCCGUAUGACCCAGAGACCAACUCCCUGAACCUUGAAGGCUUUCACAGCCUGCCGUCCAGGCCUCUGUCUCUCCCUGAGACUGGAAAACGCCGUCAGAGUUCUUCCCCCAAACCUGCUGUACCUGCAGUGUCACAUGCCGAGUCAUCAAGCCUGGACCAAAAUGCAGCUCCUGCACAGCAAGACAAAAGGCAGCUUCAGUCCCAGAGCACAGUGGAGGCAGCUAAGUCUAAGUCUCUGCCUUCAACCCAGCCUGCUCAUCCUCAGACAAAGGCUCAACCACAAAUGGCUCAGCCUCAGUCCAAACCACACCUCACAAACCUGAAUCCAAUGCAGACCAAGUACUCCUCUAAAACUCAGCACCAACCACUGCCUUCAUCCCUGCCUCAGUCCUUCUCUGUCUCAAGUCCAACAAGUGAACAAAGCAAGACCUCAUGCAGAUCCCCCAGCACCAUGAGCAGCACCAACUCCAGCCUUGAACGCACACAUCGUGAGCCUGAUGUUCUUCCUCUACGCAGAACGGACUCCAGUGGGCCCGUUCUUCAGUCCUCUUCCCGCUCCCGCCACUCUUCUUCCUCUUCUACCAACACAUCAAAGGCUCUGGUGGAUGAACAGAUGGAGGCCCUUUAUGCAGACACGAUCAACCGUCAUGAGAACCGCCGCUACAUUCCUUUUCUCCCAGGUUCAGGCAGAGACAUUGACACUGGUUCUAUUCCUGGUGUCGAUGAGCUCAUUGAAAAAUUUGAUGGCAAAGAUGGCAGCCAUCAGAGGAGGGGUCGAGCUGGGCGUAGGAACAGGAUCAAUCCAGAGGACAGGAAACGCUCACGCAGUGUGGAUAGUGCCCUUGGCCUUCGAGAUGGAUCUAGCUAUAUGAGUGAGUUUAGUCGCACUCGGGGCACAUCGAUGGAGCAUGUCCUGCGACCAUCACAGCUGCGACUGCAGAGAGCAGCCAGUGGUCAGGACUCCUGGCUCACUGUUGUAGAUGGAAAAGUGGAUUCCAGGGCUUCAUGUGCCACCAGUGAACCCUGUUCCCCCCAGAACACCAUCUCUAAAAGUGUGGGCUCCAUCAAGGGAUACAAAACUUCACAGACCCACACCUCUUCGCUAAUAUUUAAGAGUAAAGAGAGUGAAGACCGCUCCUCUUCAGCUACAAAGCCUUCAGCAACAUCACUGUCAACAUCACUACCCAAACCCUCUUCAACUGCAGACAAAAAAACAAGCACAGAAGCCGACGUUCAGGUGACACCUGAUCUUCUGAAAGGUCAACAAGAGCUUUCACAACAAACACAUGAAGAGACAGCAAAACAAAUUUUGUUUAAUUACCUUAAGGAUGGAAGCAGCGAUAAUGAUGAAACUACUAAAAGAAAGGUCAACCUCGUCUUUGAGAAGAUUCAGACGUUAAAGUCACGGGCCACAGCAGGAGCUCAAGGCGACAACAAAUCUGUGGACUUUGCUGCACAGACUAAAGAGUUGCAGGGGCAGAAUGCUGAGCUUGAGAAAGAAAUCACCAAACUGAAGAAACAAGUUGAUGAACAAACUAUGAAAAACCAGGCUGAAAAGAAAACCAUAGCAGGUCUCAAGGAACUACAGCAGGAGCUGGAGAAAAGCAUGGAGGAAUGCAGACGUCUGAAAGAGAAACUGUCCAAAACCGAGGCUGAGCUCCAGACCACAGUGGAAGAGCUGUUCCAGGUGAAGAUGGAGAGAGAGCAGUACCAGACAGAGAUCAGAGACCUGCAGGACCAGCUGUCAGAGAUGCAUGAUGAGCUUGACACGGCUAAGAAGUCAGCUGCUGACAGCGAGAAAGACAUGAUUAUGGCGGACAUGAUGCAGCUGAAGGUGGAGAUGCAGGAGGUCCUGCUGGCGAAGGAGGAGCAGGAGGAUGUGCUGAGGAGACGAGAGAGGGAGCUGACGGCUCUGAAAGGAGCCCUGAAGGAGGAAGUGGCCGCUCAUGAUCAGGAGGUGGACAAGAUGAGGGAGCAGUAUGAGAAGGAGAUAAGCAGACUGCAGACAGCUUUGGAGGAGGCCAAGCAGAGCAGUGCAGCUGUGGUCCGUGAGAAGGCUGAGGUGGAGGCAGCUAAAGGCGCAGUGGAAGGCCAAGCAGGCCGUCUGACUCAGGAGUCCGAUCGGCUGCGCAGGCGGGCACAGGAGCUGGAAAAUGAGGUGGCUAAACUGAACCGCAUCAUCGAUGAGGCCAAGCUGCAAGAGAGCAGGCUAGGGGACAGAGCCAGUCGACUGGAGAGAGAAAAGAAGCAGUUGGAUGAGUCUUUGGCUGAAAUUAAGGAGCAAGAAGAGGAGAUGUCACGUGCAAACCGAGCAUUAACCAUUCGGCUUGAAGAUGUACAAAGGAACUUGGCAAAACUGAGCAGUGAACACAAGGACCUGGAGGAGAGGUUACAAGAAGAGCGGAACCAAAAGGAACAGUUCAAGAACAUGAAGAACGACAUAGAGGAUGAGAGGCGGCUGCUGGACCGUACAGUAGAGAAACUUCAGAAGGAGAUGAAUGAUAUAGUCGAGGCGUCCCAGACAUCCACGCGGGAGCUGCAGGAGCAGAUUGAUAUUUAUAAAGAGAAGAACCGUCGGGAGCUGACUGAGCUGCAGAGGCUUCUGAAGGAGCGUGGACAAGAGCUGGAUAAAUACCUCCUGACGACAAAAACCCUUCAAGAAGAGUUGUCACAUCGGGAGGAAGACCUGCGUCAGUGUCAGAGGGAACGAGACGAGGCUGUGCUCAAGCAGAAGUCACUGGAGAUGAAGGUUCAUGAUCUGGAGGUGGAAGCUCAGACGUACACCAGCACUAAAGAGGAAAAGUCCCGGCAUAUUAAACUUAUGGAGGACCGGGUUGCCCAGCUGGAGUUGGACCUGGAUGAGGAGCGUCAGAGUGGAGACCAGCUGAUGGACAGGAUAGACCGAGGAAGAGAGCAGGUGGAGCAGAUGAGGAAUGAACUCCUGCAGGAGAGGGCUAGCAGACAGGACCUGGAGUGUGACAAGAUGGCUCUGGAGAGACAGAACAAAGACCUGAAAAGCAGAGUGUCUCAUUUAGAGGGCUCCCAGAAGUCCAACAAAGAGGGCCUGAUAUCUCAGCUGGAGGGUCGCAUCCAGGAGCUGGAGGAGCGGCUCGAGGGGGAGGAAAGGGAUCGUGCAAAUCUGCAGCUUGUGAAUCGCAGGCUGGAGAGGAAAGUAAAAGAAAUGAUGAUGCAAGUCGAAGAAGAACAUAACACGAUGCAAGACCAGAAGGACCAAUUGAACCUACGCCUUAAAGCGUUGAAGCGUCAGAUGGAUGAGGCUGAGGAGGAGAUCGACCGACUGGAACACAGCAAGAAGAAGAUGCAGAGAGACCUGGAUGAGCAACAGGAGGCCAACGAGCAGCUCCAGAGUCAAAUCAAAGCCCUGCGGAGUGAGAUGAGACGCAAGAGUUCUUCUGCUCCUCUUCUCAAUACCCUGGAUGACGAUGACGAUGACGACAUCAGCACUGACGGAGAGACCUACUUCAGCUCAUCCUCAGGAUACAAGCGCUCCUCAAGUCAGGACAACAUGUUAUCCACAUUCACUCUGUAAAUGAUACUUAGGCUGAGAGUAAAGCUGCUUUGUAUGAAUCACUGUCGGACCAAACAGUUUCCCUCCGAAAUUAACACAGUCGUUUCAUGUGAUCACUAAAUACUGGGGAUUUUACACUGAAACAGCUGUGUGAGAAUUCAGGGACUUACCAGCCUAAAUAUUAAUUGUGUAAUAAGUGAAAAUCCAAACAGACUCACAUAAUUAUCCUGGAGAACAAUCUCUUUGUGAAAUGUGCUCAGUAUUACUUGAAAUGUUUUGGGUUUAUUGGACCACUUUCUAAAAGUUUUCAUGCUGUAACCCGUCCCUUUUUGUUGAAAUUAGUCCACAUUCCCUCACAAAGUCUGAACUUUCUCAUUUAUUGUUGUUCUGAGUGGAUUCUCUGAUGUUUGCAAAUGGAUUACUCAUGUUUGUUCAUGAUUAUUUUAGCUUUAGUGAACUUGAAAACACUCUUAAAUGCACUGUAAAGUAACACAACCUGUACUGCCUUUGUGACCUAUAUGAAGUUAUUAACCCCUGUUUCUUUUUACUCCUGUCAUAUAUGUUACAUUUAAGUGCAGUAUCACUUGUCUGCUUUUAUUAUCUUUACAUGAAUUUUGUAUUGCGCAUUUAAAGAAACUAUAUUUACCCUUUUCAAAGAAUGAAGCUUAAAUCCGAAUACAUGAAGCAAGAGUGGGGAAAAAAAACAUGUAUUUAUUCAUGGUUAAUGAAAUAUUGGCUCAGUGAGGAUUUUAGGGACCAAUAAGUGAGGGACUUUGUACACUACAUGUUUUUAUACAGUUUGAUAACUAAUAAUAAAGACAUUUUCUAAUACUUUCUGACAGUAAUAGCGACAUCCCAAUAUUUUACUGGGAAGAUGUGCUCUUAAUACAACAGUGCCUAAAUGUGUCUUCCUUUGUGUGGCUUGAUUCUGAAUCAGACUUUUAGAUACAGUUAGUUACAGUCAUGAAACAAAGCAGCAGAUAUCAGUACCAUUUCAUCUCUUAUGUUAUUUUUAUACCAGAAACAUGAAUUAAUGAAUGCCUCUUUCCUUGACCUGAUGCAUGUGUGUUUGAACUGUAUCACUGUGUACAUAUGGCCAUGCAUUUACUUUGUAAUGACAUGUAUGGGCCGCCUGUUAAUUUUCUGAACAUGUACUUAUAAUGAGGGAAUUUGACAAUCGAUGUUUUGCUACAAUGUGAUGAUUUGCACUCUCUGUCGCCUCCGUGCUGAAUACGUCCUGAUGCUUGUGGAGGGAGAGUGGAUCGAGAUGAAUGGCUGCCACUACCUCUCUGUAUACAUUUUUAUUUUCAGAAAUCCUGCUGAGACUAAAAUAAAGUUACUUCCUGUCAA